AUGGCUGCAAGGUUGCGUGUUGCCUUCACGUUUCUUGCGGCCCCCUGUCUUGUGUUUCUUACGGUUUGUAACUAUUCCUCCUGCUUUGGUUCCAGUUCUAGUGUCUGUGUCCCUCCGUGGCCACUUUGGCGUCUCACGAGGGUCUCGGCAGCAAGCUUGUUAGGGAUACAGCCGCCAGAGAUGCCCUCUCCUGUGGUGCUUACCCGGUCCGCCCCAGCGCGCGCCCUCACCAUUCAGAUGUUUGAUCGCCGUCUCAAGGGCCUUCAGCGAUGCCUUGUGGACGCACCGGCGUGUGAUCUGCACAAACUCUGCGCGGAGCAAAUGCUGGACCGUCGCGCCUUUGUAAAGCGCGAGACGCCAGUGGUGCUGGAGGUUGGGGCGCAUACUGGCUGGUUUUUUCGUCACAUGCUGGAGAAGAAGCAACUCUUCGGGCUGAAGCAGUACAUUCAGACGGAUGUAUGCGAGGAGCGACUGAAUCGCAACUACGAGGAAGUGAAGCACAUGAUUCCGCCGGAUGUAGAAUUUGUGCAGAUAUGCUGUGACGAGGAGGAGCCGAAUCCCUUCGGUGUCCCUGAGCGGACUGUGGACAUGGCGGUGUCGUGUCUCUCCAUGCACUGGGUGAACGACCUCGAGACGGCCAUGGUGAACAUCCGCAGGGUUUUGAGGAAAGAUGGGUUCAUGCUGCAUUGCAUGUUUGGCGGCAAUACCCUAUAUGAGCUCCGCGGCUGUUUCUCCAUGGCCCAGACGGAAGUGCUGGGCGGGGUGUCGCCGCACAUUUCGCCCAUGAUUGAUGGCGCAGGGUUGUCAACGCUUGUGCUGCAGGCGGGGUUCAAUCUCCCCAGCAUCGACGUGGAUCGCCAUCUGCUGCUCUACCAAACGCCCUUCCACCUUAUGGAGCACCUGUCAACGAUGGGGGAAAGUGCGUGUCACUACAAGCGCCGACCUUUGAAUCGCGAUGUGCUGCUUGCGGCGUGUGCCACGUACGACGCCAUGUACAGGAAAAACGAACUCAUUCCUGCAACGUUUGAGGUGUUUCACACCAUCGCCUGGAGCCCUAGUCCGACGCAGGCGAAACCGCUUGAACGCGGCAGCGGCAUGGUGCCUCUUGCGAGCUGGAACUCGCGGAACAAGAAGCGGCUGCAGGAGGUGUUGGAUGAGUUCGCGCAGAAUCCGGACGACAAGGCGCUGCAAUCACGGGCGGAAGACCUGUUCCAGCAGCUGCGUGAGGAGAGUGCGGCGUUACUUGAGCAAAAGGGCCUCGACGUGCGGGGACUGGAUGGCAACCGCGACGAGGAGGCACGCGAGAUGGAAAAGCGCAAGCCGGACCCUCCCUUCCAGCAAGGGGAAGGCAAACACCACUAG